CCUAGAGUCAUGCAAUGUCUUUUCCUUACAUAUUAUCAUGUCUCCAAUGCUUUAGGAACAAAUUAUAUGUUUGUCCUGGCUUAUAGACUUCGCAUUAGAUUUAUCAAAAGCUUCAUUAUAGUAAAAUUACCACUGUACCCUGAAUAUGCAUCGUGUGUGGAUUGUUGAAUCUGGUUUAUCCUGCCAAUCGGGGACCAACAAAAGCAGAGGUCCAAGGAUGUAUAGCGACAAUGUUAUCUUUGGAUAAUAACUAUUUUGGCAGAAAAGCAAUGAAAUCACUUUACUGUGUGGAAGGAAAAUGCAGCAACUGCUUCGACAGAUGUCGAGUAUAGAAGGAAAAGGCAACUGUUUUCACAUAUGGGAAUCAUCGAGAUACGACGAUGAAUUUUUGCAUUUCUACAUUGUCGCAACUUUCUUGGUGCCCUUUGUUGUCACACCACUCUGCGGCAUAUCGAAGAAGUUAUAGCAGGAACAAUAUCUAACCUUAGUUCUGAAUUAUGCUGCAUUUGCUAUCAUGCAUUAUAGCAUAAUGGAAACACAACUUGACACGCAAUUACUACCUGUGUUCUGAUUAGAAAUGCAAUCUAUACUCCAUCACUAUCUUCCUAGAAAUGAUUGUGUAUUUUUCACAUAUUCAAAUACGAUGUCGUUUGGCACCGGCAUCACUCCAAAACCUGGAUGAGUUGAACUUGACAGAUAGAGUUUGAGAAUCCUCUCACAUUUACUUCCCAAUCUAGAGAAAAAUCUGCAGAUAUGGUGCAGAAUCUGGCAUUUAUGCACCCGAAUCCUAAUCCUUGAGGUGCAGUGCUCAAAUACAACGGCGUCAAAAGUUUGACGUGUACACAACCAAUCAGCGGCCGUCUAUAUCCACGUGUGUUCAUCACUGCCAAUGAGUAAGUGCCGCGAAUGCCCUUUCUUGGUAAGAAGAAUUUCAAUGCCAAAGCAUCCUAGCAUUUCUCUCGCGCACAGAUUUUCGAAUCUGGGAUUUCCAGGACCAUUAAAUGCAUGCUCAUGGACUCGCUCACCAUCAGCCUGAGUUUCACUUAUAAAGAAGGCCUUUGGCUUGUCAGCAGGACUCACAUCUACAGACUCUGCAUUUAACUAUUCUCUCCUAUAUCUGUUUUAUUGAGAAAUGGCGAACGAGGAUUUGCAUCAACAACUUGCAAACAUGAGGAAGUCGUUCCUGGAUGAGGUCCUCCCUGAACACCACUUCUCUAUAUAGUGAUGGCUUACUAGCCCUAUUCAUUUGUUUUUUUUCCAGAUAACAAUUUCAUUACUUGCUGCUCCCAUAAGACUGUUAAUACUACUGGAUGAAUGCUGCACUUUUGCAUCAGGAACUCCUGGAUGAACAGUUUAUUCAACUGGAGGAACUCGAGGCCGAGGGCAGCCCCAACUUUGUGGAAGAAGUUUUUACCUUGUAUUUCCGAGACUCCACCAAGACCCUGGAAUCUAUCGGGCAAAUGCUGGAGAAAACACCUGUCGAAUUUGACAAGGUGGACAGGGCUCUUCACAUGCUCAAGGGUAACAGCCGCAGCGUCGGCGCUAACAAAGUCAUGAAUGAAGUGAUCCGUAUGAGGGAUCUUAUUGAAGAGAAGAAUUUAGAGAGUUGCAACGCCACUUAUGAGCAGCUGAAGAAGGAUCAUGAUGAGCUCAAAGAAAAGAUGGAAGCGUUUCUCCAGCUGCAGAAGCAAGUGAAAGCUGCCGAGAAGCCUCCACAGGGCGACGAUCAGGAGCCGGUGAGCGGCACAGAGAGCUCCUGAGGCAAAUGGCGCCCUGUGGCAGAUCAGUAGAACUAGGGAAUAAAGAGGUCCGGUCGCUGGGACUUGGUUGGUGAAGUUGGUGUCUGUUGUUUCUGUUAGUGUGUCAACUGGGCCUGUCUUUUUGGCAGGACAGUUUCGUUUUUCCUUCGCGUCUGGUGUGUCGGAGACCCUGUUUGAGGGUUUCUUGUUCGUUAGUCUUUUUGUUUGUGUAAAUGAGGAGCUUCCUAUGUCCUAGGAUGUCCUCCUCAUCCUUUGGGUCUUGUCUAAUGGAACUUCUUCUGGUCCGCCAU